GCCUGGAAGCCUUGUACCUCAAAUUGUAUGAAGGACUUGCUGCUAAAACUGCUACUAAAAACCCAAUGUCUCUCUGUUCCCCACCAAAAGAAUUCAGGUCCUUAUAUCACAGCUUCAGAAACAGUAAUAAAGUGUCGCGUGGUGUAUGUAGCAACUUCAUGGGCUUAAAAGAUGAUUUUGAGAACAGCCUCGGCCAUCUUUACGUGGAAAGCAGUGAAACUCACAUAAGUGCAAUUGUACCGUGGUCCAUUGUGCGGAAACCAACAAUGGAUAAAGUCAAUUCCAGGAAAGAAGACUCUGACAAAGACACCUCAGAAGAGACGGGUAGUUCCAGUGGUGAAUCGGAAGAAAGCACAAAUUCUGACAAUGAAGCUGAACUGUCCCAAAGACUUGCAGUGGAACCUUGUCGGAUAACAAAGGCACAUAGGCAACUAUGCCGAUCCCCUUGUAUUGAGCCAUACAUUCUAAAAAGGAAUGAGAUUUUGCAAGACCUUAAAACGGAAGAGGAUCUUACAGGGACUAAAGAGAUAAAGAAACCACCAGAUGUGGUGAAAGAAUACCAAACCAAACUGGAUUUUGCACUUAAAUUAGGCUACUCUGAAGAACAGGUGCUGCUUGUUCUGAACAAGUUGGGUACGAAAUCUUUAAUUAAUGACAUUUUGGGAGAGCUAGUCAAGCUUGGUAGUAAGAGUGAGAGUGAACAGAAUGGUGUUGCCAACAAUCCAGUGACAAGGGAAGCUUCAUCAUUCGAAUCUCAGCGACCGGAGUCCCCUUUUCACCAGGAGGUGAUAGACGAUACUGAAAACCUAAGACCAAUUGUCAUUGAUGGCAGUAAUGUCGCAAUGAGUCAUGGUAAUAAAGAAGUGUUUUCCUGCCGUGGGAUCAAAUUAGCUGUCAGCUGGUUCUUGGAAAGAGGCCAUAAGGAUGUUACAGUGUUUGUGCCUGCAUGGAGGAAAGAGCAGUCCCGGCCAGAUGCCCUCAUUACAGAUCAGGAAAUCUUACGGAAGUUGGAGAAGGAAAAAAUCCUGGUGUUUACCCCGUCUCGGCGUGUACAAGGUAGAAGGGUGGUGUGUUAUGAUGAUCGUUUUAUAGUGAAGCUGGCAUUUGAAUCAGAAGGAAUCAUUGUGUCAAAUGACAACUAUAGGGAUUUGGCCAAUGAGAAACCUGAAUGGAAGAAAUUCAUUGAUGAGAGGUUGCUAAUGUAUUCAUUUGUCAACGACAAGUUUAUGCCACCAGAUGAUCCAUUGGGGCGCCAUGGACCAAGCUUGGACAACUUUUUAAGGAAGAAACCCAUAGUUCCAGAAUAUAAGAAACAGCCUUGUCCAUAUGGAAAGAAAUGCACAUAUGGGCACAAGUGCAAAUAUUAUCACCCAGAAAGAGGUAACCAGCCACAGAGGUCUGUAGCUGAUGAACUCCGUGCCAUGUCUAGAAGCACGAUAGCCAAAACUGCAGGCGAAAUAGGACUUGUGAAAAGUAACAGUGUUCCUUCAAAUACCAAGAUUGACAGUAGUUUUGACAUGAAGCGUUCAACUCCAAAGAGGCAAUCUGAUCCAAGUAUACGGACUCAAACUUAUGAGAUAGAGGAAAAGCUUGCUACCAAAAAUAAGUUUGAAAGCAGAUCUGUGCCAUCUUUAGUUAGUAUGUCAAAUGUGAAACCUCAGAGUACAACCUCUUCAAGCAAUGGGCUUCUCUCUGUUGUUCAUUUGCCAACACAGGAUACAGCGCCCCCCGGACUUUACUCUCCAAUGCUGAUGUCAACAAAGAAUCAUGGGACCAUCCCAUGUGACCAAUACCCCAAAUGUGAGUCUCCUGUCGAUGCAGGAUACUACUCAAUGAUGAAUGCUUAUUCAAACCUCAGUAUUGCUGGAACACGAAGUCCAGAAAGGCGUUUCUCUUUGGAUACAGAUUACAGGAUUAGUUCUGUUGCCUCUGACUGCAGCAGCGAGGGGAGUGUGAGCUGUGGAAGCAGUGGCGAUUCAUAUGCAGGUUAUAAUGAUCGUUCCUAUGUCAGUUCUCCCGAUCCCCAACUAGAGGAAAAUGUAAAAUGUCAGCACAUGCACCAGCACAAUCGCUCCUGCUCUCAAGCCUUGUUUCAGGGCUAUCACGAUUCCUUAACACGGGUUCAAAGCUUUGGGCAUGACCAGGAACCAAAGCAUCACCACAAACCACACCCUCCAUAUAUGUCAGGGCCUCUUUCUCUUCAACACCACACUGUUGCAGCUCGUUCAAGUUGCCCAAAUGAGUAUCAUAUUUCUCCAAAUUCCCCUGUUUCCAAAAAUGUGAUUAUGGGCCGUUCUUUAGUGUCCACGAGAAUGGAGAGCAUUUCUGAUUCACGUCUGUAUGAAUGCCCUCCAAUGCGACAUCAUAAGCUCUACGCUAGCCAGGAAAGCCCUGGAAGCUGGGAUAGGCCUAAUUACAGUGUCGACCCUUAUGGAUAUCGUCAGACAUACCCAGUACCUGGCACUUCAUCACAACCAUGCUAUGAGCAGUUUGCUUUCCAAAGUCCACCAGAGCAUCAAGACCAAUCUUGGAGAAUACCUUAUUGUGGUGGAAUCUCACCAGAGCCUCCAAGAUAUCAGGGCACUAGAGAAAAAGUUUUUAUAAAUUUAUGUAACAUCUUCCCUGCCGAACUUGUGCGAAUCGUUAUGAAAAGAAAUCCGCACGUCAUAGACGCCCAGCAGCUUGCGGCAGCCAUCUUAGUGGAGAAAUCCCAGUAUGGAUAUUAAAAUAAGAUACACCUUUGCGGUGUGAUGUACAUUUCAUUUGUUCAGCUCAUGCUGAAGGAGGUUUGCUACAAUAGCAUUAGUAAUCUCCUUCUCAGCAAGGGGGUUCUAUAGUAAUCCAUGUAUGUGAAAUACUGAACCAUGCAUCUUUUAUGUGUU